AUGUCCCUCAACACCACCAAUGUCCCUCAACACCACCAAUGUCCCUCAACAUCAUCAAUAUCCCUCAACAUCAUCAAUAUCCCUCAACAUCAUCAAUAUCCCUCAACAUCAUCAAUAUCCCUCAACAUCAUCAAUAUCCCUCAACAUCAUCAAUAUCCCUCAACAUCAUCAAUAUCCCUCAACAUCAUCAAUAUCCCUCAACAUCAUCAAUAUCCCUCAACACCGACAACACUGAAAACGUUGAUCAAAACCCGCAACACCGACAACCCAACCGUAUCUCCGCCAUAUUCUUACCAUCGCCCUUUGACCAUCCUCUAUACUCCCGGAAAACCCACUCCCACCCUACCGCCCAUCCACCCUACUCCCCCCCUUCUCCGCAUCACCAAUGCCCCUUCCUCCUCGCCAAUUCACAUCCUCUCACCAUCUUUCCCCUCCAUCUUUUUUACCCGUCCUUGUGCCCCCGGCCUAUACGUCCCCCCGUUGCGGAAUGUCCAAUGCCCCUUCCUCCUCGCCAAUUCACAUCCUCUCGCCAUCUUUCCCCUCCAUCCUUUUUACCCGUCCGUGUGUCCCUACCCUAUACGUCCCCCGCUGCGGAAUGUCCCCAAUAUCCCUUUGAAUAUCAAUCAUCUCACCUCUUGCCCUAUCCGCCGGACCCUCCCGGAUAUCAUCACUGAAUCCCUCCUAUCGUGA